AUGAUUCUCUAUAUCGAACAAGAAAUUCUAUUAGAUACUCAAUGUCAAGAUUUAUAUUUGUGUAAUAACGGCUUGAAUAAUGAAUAUUUAUUAAUAUCAUCUUCUAAUCAAUGUUCAUGUAAAAAAGUACAAGCAAUUUUCUGUAAAUAUGAUCAUGAUUCAUGUAAAAAUCGUUGUUUGUUAGAAGAACAUUUAUUGAUAAAACGAAAAAAGCAAACAAAUAGUAUUUUAAUUAAUGAUUCACCAGCAAAUGUUGUUUUAUUAAAUAAAAAUGAAUUAGAAAAAAAUUCUGAAAUUGUUUUUAUAUGUCAUGAAAAUAAUCUGCCAAGUCCAAUACUUGAACAUUUAAAAAAUCUAAUCAAUGAUAGGAGCAACGCAACUCCUAAUCCAUCAUUGCAUCAGACCUUGAUUGGUAAUUUUCUACUGAAACAUAGCGUUUUAGCUCAAAGUGCCUAUGGAAUGUAUUUAAAACUACAACAAACAAGAGACAAUAAAUUUCAAUUGAGACGUCACGCUAAUAUCGGUUAUUUAUUAGCAAAUAUUCUUCUUGGAUUUCUAUGUUCAUUUAUUCUGUAUCGAAAUUUUGAUCUAUAUCAACUGAUAUCAAAUGAAAUACUAAUUCAAACUGAGAAUUUAACAACAUCGAUUAAAUCUAUAAUUGAAUGGCUUAUGCAUGCGCCCGCUGGUUUGAAAUUAAAUCAACCAUUAGUUGAUUUUCUUGCAAGAUUUUAUUUCUAUCAUAUUUAUCUCUGGUCUGGUUAUUUGGAAGUUUUAGUUGUAACAGUCGUACCUUAUUUCUAUAAAAUAUUAUUUAUUCUAUGUCUACUUGGUAUAUCAUUAGCAAUAGGAGCUAUCUGUGAUUUUAUUCGUUUACUAACGAUACAUCUUUAUUGCUUUUAUAUUUAUGCUGCAAGAUUAUUCAAUUGGCAAAUUCGUUUAUUGAUUAUUCUUUUUCGUUUAUUUUGUGGAAAAAAACAAAAUCCAUUAAGAAACAAUCGACUUGAUUCUCAUCUUUGUGAUAUUGAUCAAUUGUUUAUUGUUACUUUAUCAUUUACAAUUUUUCUCUUCUUAUUACCGUCCAUAUUUAUGUAUUAUGCAGUUUUUACUUCAAUUUGGACAAUAACAAUAUUAACUGUCAAACUUAUACAAUCUAUGAAUCAAUUUCUUUUACAAAUACCAAUCUAUGAAUUUUAUUUAUGGUCUACUGGAUCGGGAAUCAUAAGAGGUACACCACGAUUAUCAAUAAAUUAUGCUGAUUCAACUGAAGAUACUGUCUGCUAUAAUUUUAAUUUUGAUCCAGUAUCAUUCAUAACUUUAUAUCGUGUUUGUAAUAUUCGCUUAUCAUUGUUUUCUCUAUCGUUUAGUAAACUUUUUCUUGGAAUUCUAAAAGGAAAAUCUAUAGUUUGA